CUCCAACCUCAACAAACACCUGCCUUUGUGUCUUAUGCCGCCUUGAUAUGGCCCUGACUGUAUCGUCAUAGCAAAUUUCACCCCGCGAAGUCUACAACAAACACCUGGCCCAUGUCUCUCCCGCUCCCUGUGACGACCUCCCCCAACAUGAAGCCGAGUAGCAAGAAAGCGGCGCACGAAUGUGUGUCCGAUGAAGCUCUCGCUCAUCUCAAGACGUACAAAUACUCCAGUGUCGACAAGUCUCUAAUAUCACGGUACAUCCUGAAGCACUACUGGAAUGGCUUCGUCGAACUCCUCCCGCUGUGGCUCGCGCCGAACAUGGUCACCCUCCUUGGCUUCUUCUUCAUACUCGGGAAUGUAGCAUUGUUAUCGAUUUACGUGCCGGACCUGGUUGGACCUGGUCCGUCAUGGUUAUAUUACAGCUUCGCCGUUGGAUUAUGGAUGUACUCGACAAUGGACAAUGUUGAUGGUAAACAAGCACGUAGAACCGGCACGUCGAGUGGGUUGGGGGAGCUAUUCGAUCAUGGUAUUGAUUCUCUCAACUGCACGCUUGCUAGUCUCCUAGAGACUGCCGCGAUGGGUUACGGACCCACCAAGACCGGCGCAUUCACGGCGUUAAUACCCUGCCUCCCCAUGUUCUUCUCCACUUGGGAGACAUACCACACCCAUACCCUCUACCUUGGAUAUUUCAAUGGGCCAACAGAGGGUCUCAUACUUGCAUGUACUAUAAUGAUUCUUUCUGGGUACUACGGCCCUGAGAUGUGGUCGACACCGCUUGUAGCCCAUUUCCCAUCCCUCGAGCCUCACAUUGGACAAACGACCUUCCGAGACCUCUGGGUCCCAAUUCUUAUUUCCAGCUUCCUCAUCGCGCAUCUCCCAGCCUGCAUCGUCAACGUAUCAAAAGCCCGACGCGCCCAAGGCCUAUCCAUUCUCCCCCUCUUCGUUGAAUGGACGCCAAUGGCAAUAUUUGUCGCCUCAACUGCCGCAUGGCUAGGGUCGCCGCACUCGAAUCUCCUCACAGACAAUCACCUGGUCCUGUUCUGCUUGACCAUGUCUCUCGUCUUCGGCCGGAUGACGACAAAAAUUAUUCUCGCUCACUUGACGCAUCAGCCUUUCCCGAUGUACACAGUCAUGUUGACACCUUUGGUGAUUGCGGGAGUGGCCGUGAACUUCCCGUACUUCCCGAUUAUUGGAGAUCUCUUUUCUCCGAUCUCUGCCCAAACUGAGCAUGUGUACCUCUGGUGCUACUUCAUCUUCGCCGCCAUAGUGUACGCGAACUGGGCAAUCCUAGUUAUCGGCAGGAUCUGCGAAUACUUGGGCAUUAACUGCCUGACGAUACCCUCAAAAUCGUCCGUCUCGGAGAAGUCCAGCAUAUCGAAUGGUGCCACUAAUGGAAGUCUUGGGAAAGGCCGGAAGGACUAAAGAGGAGGCUAAGAGAAGAGAAUUGGGCCUGGUGACGAAAGACGUGGAAUGAGUAAGAGAUAGAUGGUGCAUGAGCUUUGGAGUAAGCAGGCCUUCCUUCGAUGCUGGGGUAGAGCGGUCAUUCAGCAUUUCGUUUCUGUGCAUUCUGCCGGCGCUUUCACGGUACCUGAUUGUAAUUUUUCUGGUUGCAAAAUACCGUUCAGCCUCACUACCGCAUGAGCAUACAGUUCGCUAGGCGAAAAAGCUGGCAGCAUUGGCCGUUAUUUUAUUUUAACACCCUUGCGAUUGCAUAUUGAGCGAGCGUCGAGCAUACAUGCGCCGUUAUUAUUGUAUUGUCAAGAGAAUGUUUGCGAAAGAGACGGUGGUGUUCGACGGCGGAGGCUCAGACAUGCACCGCCCCCCGGCCCCCAAUACUUC